AUGACAACCCAACUCUCCACCCUCCCCCUUUUUGGGGACAAGCCCGCCGCCACCACCACUACCACUUCCCGUUCCCAAAAAUCAACCAUGACGACAACAACAACAACAACAACCACCACCACCAUCCCUCUUGACAUUUCGAAACCUUACCCACCAACCCCCUGCCCCUCCCCGGACCUCAACGGAAUCGGUCUCACUUACCAAGUCAACCUCGGACAUGUGGACGUGACAGACUUGGAUGAAGAGCGAGGGAGGAAACGGCUGCGUUACUGCGAGGAACCCACACCCAACGACGAUCAAGCUUCCAAACGGACCAACACGCCUGAUUCGCUCCGCGGAAGGUGUAGAUACCGCUCGAGCAGUGUUCUGAAUAGAGCUUGGCCGAGGGAGGAGAGGAGGGGAGGGACAGGGAGGAAGAGGCAUGAGAGAAGUCAAAGUCCGUCGAGGUCAGGGUCGCCGAUGGGGGAGGGGGGGAGGAGGAGGAUGAGGACUAGGAGUCGGGGGAGGGAGCAUACCCGGUGA